AUGGGGUUUGGUGAUGAUCGGGUCCGUAGGGUCAUGGACUGUUUAUCGAGUGUAUCCUUUGCCUUCAAAAUCAAUGGAAGGAUUUCUGGUUCGGUUAUUCCUUCUAGAGGGUUGAGGCAAGAUGAUAUCAUUCUGUUUGCUAAGGCUACGGUUAGAGAAUGUUCAAAGAUAGCUGAAAUUAUCAUCAAGUAUGAGCGAGCAUCCUGGCAAAGUGUCAAUCUUGAUAAAACCGAUGUAGUCUUCAGCAAGAGUGUUAUUGAAGAACGGAGACAGGAAAUUGUGAACAUUUUGGGAGUGCACGAGGUUGAACGGCAUGAGAAAUAUUUGUGCCUUCCUAUGAUCAUCGGAAGAUCCAAGAAAGUGAUUUUUGCAUUAUUAAAGGAGAGAAUAUGGAGAAAGUUACAAGGUUGGAAGGAGAAGCUAUUAUCGAAGCCCGGGAAAGAGGUAAUGAUCAAAGCGGUAGCUCAAGCAAUCCCGACAUACAUGAUGAGCAUUUUUAAAAUUCCGGAGGGGGGUAUGGGUUUUAGAGACUUAAAGGUCUUUAAUCAGGCUCUAUUGGCGAAACAAAUUUGGAGACUCCACACAAAACCAAACACCCUUACACACGCUAUCCUUAAGGCAAAAUAUUUUAAGAAUGGCUCGGUUCUUGAAGCAUAUGGCGGAUAUGACCCUAGCUAUUCAUGGAGAAGUCUUUGGGGCUCGAAAUCACUCUUGCUUGAAGGGCUCAAAUGGCGUGUGGGGAAUGGGGUAAAUAUUCGAGUAUGGCUGGAUGCUUGGCUCCCUGGUGAACCCCCUACCGCUGUACCUGUACAUGAUAUGAACUUCGAUCCGGAGUUGAGAGUCUUAGAGCUGAUCAAUGAGGAAUGCGGAGAGUGGAGAGGGGAUUUAUUGCAAUCUCUUUUUUCUGUGCAGGACCGUAACCUCAUUCUCCAAUUGCCUAUUUCUUAUGCGAUGCCGGAAGAUAAGCUAUUUUGGUGGCCUUCAAAGAAUGGGGAAUAUACGGUGAAGUCGGGCUAUUGGCUCGGUAGAUUGGGUCAUGUUGAGGGGGUUGCUAACACUUUAUCUGAGAAUGAAAGGGAGGCUUGGAAGCUGGUUUGGAAUCUAGGCGGUCCACCUAAGCUUAGUCAUUUCAUAUGGAAAACGUGCAAGGGGAGUAUGCCCGUGAAACAAGAGCUACAUCGUCGUCAUAUGUUAAUGAUGAGAAAUAAACUAGUUCGUGAGAAUGGGACACUCACUCCGGUUUAUGUUACAACCGUUUUCUCUAGGCUUGUUCUUGACUAUGGCAUUUACGCUAAAAAAGGCGUAUAUGUUAGUCUUGGGGUGGUUGCGAGGGAUGAUAGGGGUAAGAUCUUACUAGCUGCAGUUCGAAGGUAUGAAGGGGAGUGGGAUGUGGAGAUGGCUGAAGUGAGAUUUGGUAUGAAUUUGGCUCGUAGGUAUGGCUUCAAGAAAAUCUGGUUGGAGGGAGAUGCUGCUAAUGUGGCAACUCGGUAG